AGAAUCUAUUAAUCUUGUCAUAAACAAGUUUGGGCCAUAAACAAAUAAAAGAAAAAGAAACGUGUGUAACCAGAGACGGUGCCACUUUUUUCGGUGUUUUCAUGUAUGAAAUCGGUUAAUUCAGUGGCCACGGUAGGGCGCAUCGUGCAGACAAUCGCUAACGCCAUCGGUUACGCGUGGAGUGCGCGUGUGGUGCCCGUUUUCCAAGCGACAAUUUCGCGAAUCCCGUUCCCUUUCAGGAGCAGCCGUCCCAAGUUAGCCAGCGAUUCGUGUACGAGGGGCAGCAAGAUGGCGGCCGCCUACUAAGAAGACACAAGACACACAACGCAAGACGGGGGCCCGUUCGCGUGAAAUUGAGUGUGAAAGCAGAAUUCUUUUCCGUUCGUUUUGCCUUCGUUUUCGGGUCAAUUGUGUAUCCGGAGUGUGAUUACCCGGUUUGGUUUUUGUGGGUCUCAUUUGGCGGUGUCUCAUCGGAGUGUGCACAGUUCACUUUUCGCUUCCGACGACGGUAGUUAGCCGAUUCCAGUCUGCGGGAACCAGCAGUGUACAGUGUGUGCAGGUGCGCGGGUGGUAUGGUGAACAUGGAACUGUGCGUAUCGUAAUGGAUGCAACGAGCGGAGGAACAGCCCACCGUUGGAUAAUUAACGCUAGCAAACCGUACGAACAAGACGGCGGCCACUCGACGACGGCGCAGACGACGACGACGACGACGACGAGGACGACCGGGACGACGGGGACUCCGCGCUGCUGCAGCCUGACGCCAGCCGCAACGACGGGUGGCACUUGCAGCGGUGCAGCAUUUCUCUGCGUGCUGCAUUUCGUCCGAUAGAAUAAAAAAAGGGUCGGAAGGAAAAGAGAAAUAGUGCAAGAGAAAACGAGCGCGUGAAACAGAGAGGGCGAGAAAGCGAAAAAAACAACAUUCACAUAAUAGAAUUGUAUUAUUCCCGUUCUUCCCUGCCGGAGUGGUGAUAUUUACGCAAAGCAAGCGAAGCAGCGAAGCAGGCGGAUUCUCUGCCUUCUGCGAACGCUUGCUGCUGGCUUCUUUGCUUGGCUGGUGAAAGACAGUGAAGUAACAGGGGGGAAAAAUAGAAACAGUCACCACAUAAUACACACUCGCAGCAUGAGUUUGGCACUGCUAAUCGUGCGACUCGUACUGCUCGGACUGGUCGGUGGCAUGCUUCCGCUGGAUGCUGUGCUGAAGGGAAAACAACAAACAGGCGACACGUUCGGCCGUGGUCACGGUGGCCAGGGGCAGCAGCAGUAUGCACACUCGCGGGCGCUGGACGACAUCGUCGCCCGGUACAGCCUGCCGAACGGGACGGUGGCUCGCUUUACGCACCUCACGUACGAUCCGAUCAGGCGAAUGUUUUACGCCGGUGCCACCAACCGUAUCCUGCAGCUGAACGAGAAUCUGGCGCUGCUGAAGGAGGCAUCGACCGGGCCGAAGCUGGACUCGGCCCAAUGUCACGCGGCCGGCUGCCCGUCGGACGUGCAGGACAGCGUGGAAACGGACAACGUGAACAAGGUGCUGCUGUACAACCGGGACGGGGACACGCUGAUCGCGUGCGGAAGUGUCCACCAAGGGGCGUGCGAAAUCUACUACCUGAGCGGGCGUUUCCCGGACUCGGCGAAACCGAUCGAGGUAGCGCUGGCGGCAAACGACGAGCGCUCGACGACGUACGCGUUCAUCGGCCCGAGCCGGUAUCAGUCGUGGAAGAAGGAAGACAUCAUGUACGUCGGUACCACGUUCACCAACGUGGGCGACUAUCGACACGAUGUGCCGGCCAUUUCAUCCCGUCGGCUGGACGAUCUGACCUACGCCGAGUUUUCGAUCCAACAGUCCAACAUCAACAUCGACGUCAAGUACCGGGACCACUUUCUAGUGAACUACGUAUACGGCUUCAAUAGCACCGAGUACGCUUAUUUUGUGCUCGUACAGAAGAAGUCCCACUUGGCCGACGAGGCGGGGUACGUGACACGGUUGGCAAGGAUAUGCGUCAAUGAUCCGAACUACGACAGCUACACGGAGGUAACAAUUACGUGCAUGGUCAACGGAACGGAUUACAACAUCCUGCGGGACGCCAAGCUGGCCCAGGCUGGCCAGAAGCUCAGCAACGAUAUCGGCAUUAAGCGGGAUGACUAUCUGCUCGUUGCCGUAUUUUCGCCAUCGAAAGAAAUCACCGAUGAACCACAGAAUCGCUCAGCCAUUUGCAUGUACAGCCUGAAGGACAUCGAGGAGGUCUUCAACGAAAACAUUCACUCUUGUUUCAACGGCACGAUUAAGGAUCGCAAUUUGGGUUACAUUUCCGGUACCAUCAACGACGGGAAGUGUCCGGUGGCGGGUUCCCUCGGUAACAUCUUUAGCUUCUGCCACGUCGGGCUUAAGAUCAGCGGAGUAACGCCGGUGAUCGCUUCGGCACGGUUUGCGUUCGGCGAAGGGGUUGCCCUGACGUCGAUCGCCGUCACGAACAUUGGACCGCAUACGCUCGCGUUCGUCGGUAGUAACGAUGGUUGGAUCCGGAAGGUGCUGCUGUCCGGCAGGGAAGCGGGCGAAUACGAACGGCUCGAGGUGGACCAGGAUGCGUUGACGAUUCUUCCCGACACGAUGUUUGCCCCGACGAACGACCAUUUGUAUGUGCUUUCCGAACGAAGUGUUAUCAAACUGAAGGUAGAACACUGCGGUACGUUCAGCAACUGUUCCGCCUGUUUGGAAUCGCGUGAUCCGUACUGUGGCUGGUGUUCGCUGGAAAAACGCUGUACCGUUCGGACGGCAUGCCAGAAGGACACAAGUGCCGCCCGGUGGCUCUCCAUCGGCACCGGGCAACAGUGUAUCGACUUCGAAAUGGUAGCUCCCGACCGAGUGCCGAUCGGGCAAAUGUCCGUCGUGCGGCUGGUGAUCAAAACGCUUCCGGAGCUGCCACACAACGCCCAGUAUCGGUGCGUGUUCGGUAACGCCACCCCGAUCGACGCUAACGUCACGAAGGAGGGCCUACUGUGUACGACACCACCGGUUAACGAGCGACCCACGAUUGGCGACGGGCAGGAUCACGUGCUGGUUCCGCUGAGUGUACGCAGCUCGGAAACGAACAAGGACUUUGUGUCGCGCAGCUUCGCCUUCUACGACUGCACGCGCCACGAUACCUGCCGGAAGUGUUUGGUCAGCAACUGGGGUUGCCACUGGUGUAUCUACGACAAUCGGUGCGCGUUCAACACGACGUCCUGCCGCAACUCGGCCAACAUCGUGCAGAACGAGGGCUCCUGCCCACGGUUGAAGCAACGCGCGGGUCCCAUUCUGCUGCCGAACAAGGUACCGAAGGAGAUACGGCUGGAGAUCGAGAACUUGCCCCGGCCGCAGAGUGCACACACGGGUUUCCUGUGCACGGUCAACAUCGAAGGGGCCCACAUGGUGCUGCCGGCAAGGGUUGAGGCGAACAAGUAUAUCGUUUGCGAGAAAACACUGUAUUCGUACGAAGCGGCUACCAACGAGUACGAAGCGACGGUCGACGUAAACUGGAACCGGAACCAUUAUAUCGACACGGUAACGGUGGUGCUGUACAAAUGCGAGAUACUGGGCUCGCAUCGGGACCAUGCCGACUGCAGUUUGUGCGUGACGCGUGACCCAAAGUACCAGUGCACUUGGUGUGGCCAGCAGUGCAGCUACAAUGAAACGUGCGUUGACGCGGGCCUUAUGAUGCGGGGUGGUAUCGACGGGGGCUGCCCGAGGCCACGGAUCGACCUGAUCAAACCGCUGAGCGGUCCGAUCGAGGGCGGCACGUUGGUUACGAUCGAGGGCAGCAAUCUGGGCAUCCGGGAGGAGGACGUGCGCGGUCGCAUUCACAUCGGCGACGUACCAUGCGAGCUGGAACGGUACGAAAUAUCGGUACGCAUCGAGUGCCGCACGGGGCCGGUGCAGGCGGAAAUGUCUGCCCCGGUGAAGGUAGGCAACGAGGCGGGUUUCACGAUGUCGAGCGUAGAAUUCCGGUACCGGGACGUGCAGCUGGAAGGCUUAAGCCCAACGAUGGGUCCGCAAUCCGGCGGUACGAAGCUGGCCAUUAUUGGGAAGCAUCUGAACGUGGGUACGGCGGCGGUCGCCUAUCUGGACGAUUACGAGUGCCGCAUCAACCGGACGCAAGCGUCGUCGAGUCGGCUAACGUGCGUCACGUCGGCGGCUCGCUCACCGGAACACAUUCGUAUCCUGACGCUGCGCAUCGAUGGCGCGAAUAGGACACUUUCGUGCAGCGCGGGUAGCAAUUCCGCUGGAGAACGUUCGCGCGUCGGUUCCCCGUAUGGUGCUGCCGGGACGUACCACAGCCGGUACGAAACGUGCAGCGUGUACAACUACACCGUCGAUCCGAAGAUCAUGCAGAUUAAACCGCUGAAGAGUUUCCUCAGCGGUGGCCGCAUGAUGACCGUGCACGGAACCAAUCUGGAUGCGAUUCAAGCCCCCGACAUCGAGGUGUAUCUGAACGACGAACGGCUCAAUCGGUCCACCUGUGUUGUGCUGAAUUCCAAUCAAAUGGAAUGUCCCUCGCCGUCCGUCCGCGAAGCUUGGGCCCUGCUGCAGCAGCAGCAGCUUCAGCAACGCAACUUUUCCGCCCUAACGGCCGCUGGUGGUGCUGACUACUCUCCGCAGAAGAUGUUCGCUGGCUUCGUCUCGGCCGACGGACGCACACCAAUCCAGACUACGGCCGGUGCCGGGGGCAUGCCACUUUUACUGCCAUCUCAGUAUUCACUAACGUCCACCUCGGGUCCGGGGGCUCCGGCAGCCACAUCCGCCGCCCCACUAUACCAUCCGUCCGACCAGCAGUUGCAGUUGCUGCUGCAGAUCAACUUCCUCAUGGACAGCGUGCUGUCGGUGCGCAAUCUACCGAAGCACUUCCAGAACCUACGGUCGUCGAUCGUGUACGUGGAAGAUCCCGUGUACCAGCCGUUCCCGAAUGCGGUCAAGAUGUACAAGGGUGACACGCUCGUGAUCGAAGGUGAGCACCUGAAUGCGGCCAGCGACGAGACGGACGUGAACGUCACGAUCGGCAUGGCGCAGUGCAACGUGACCAGCCUUGCGCCGACGCAACUCGUCUGCACGCCGCCAAUGGAGCAGCCGGCGGCGACGGACGAAAACGGAGUUCCUACCGUGAAAGACUUGCCCCUGGUCGUGGUGCGUGUGGGGCGCAAUCUACGUUUUCCUAUCGGUUUUAUCAAGUACGAUCUCAUUAAACCGUACGCAUUUUCGCACAUCCUGUUCGGGGUUAUCGUGAGCGGUAUCUUUUUCGUCUUCUCACUGCUCAUCAUACUCUUCAUCUAUCGGCGCAAGAGCACGCAGGCGGAACGGGAGUACAAGCGCAUCCAGAUCCAGAUGGACACGCUCGAGAGCAAUGUGCGCAUGGAGUGCAAGCAGGCGUUCGCUGAGUUGCAGACGGACAUGACCGAUCUGACCGCCGACCUCGAGAGUGCCGGCACGCCCACCCUCGACUUAGUCAAUUACGUAAUGAAGGUGUUCUUCCCGGGCGUCUCGGACCACCCGGUGCUGCUGGCAAACGGUGCCAAGCUGCAUGGUGGGGGCGCUGGUGGAGGGCCCGGCGGUCAUCACGGUCAUCCGCAUCACCAUCAGCAUCCGCACCAGCGCACGAACUAUGACCAGGCGAUGGUGAUGUUCGAGCAGCUGAUCAACAACCGCGUGUUUCUGCUGCUGUUUAUCGACACGCUUGAGGCGCAGAAAACGUUCAGCAUUCGUGACAAGGUGAACGUGGCGUCCUUGCUUAUGAUCGUGCUAAUGAACCAGAUGGACUACGUGACCGACAUUCUGAAAAGUUUGCUGUUGCGCCUGAUCGACAAGUCGGUCAUGACGAAGCACCCGCAGCUCAUGCUCCGCCGGACGGAGAGCGUCGUCGAGAAGAUGCUGACGAACUACAUGGCACUGUGCAUGUACGACUAUCUGCGCAACUACGCCGGCAACUCCCUGUUCCUGCUGUACAAGGCCAUCAAGCACCAGAUCGAGAAGGGGCUGGUGGAUGCGGUGACGCACGACGCACGCUACUCGCUGAGCGAGGAUCGGCUUCUGCGCGAGCAGAUCAUGCACAGCCUGGUGACGCUGCACAUCAUCCAGGACGAUCUGGACGAGAAGGUGCAGUGCAAGGUGCUGGAUUGCGACACGAUCAGCCAGGUGAAGGGCAAAAUCUUGGACGCGCUGUUCAAAAACACGCCCUUCUCGUUGCGCCCUAGCGUGCACGAUCUGGACCUCGAGUGGCGUCACGGGCGUGGUGGCCAUCUGGUGCUGCGCGACGACGACGUCACCACGAAAACCGUCCACGGGUGGAAGCGCCUCAACACGCUCGCCCACUACGGCGUGAAGGAGUCGGCCGUAAUGUCGCUGGUCGCGCGGCCCCACGAUGGCUACAACACGCCCGGGCGGCACAUUUUCCCCUACUGCUACUACAUCAACAAUCCACCGUCCUCCAACCACCAUCUGUCGUCGGCGUCGCCACUCGGCGGCUCGGGCAGCAGUGGCACGAUGGGAGCCCAUAACGCCGACACGCUGCUCGCCGGAAGUGCGAGCCACCAUCAUCAUCACCAUUCCCAGCAGGCGCACCAGCAUCAUCUCCAUCAGCAACAACAGCAACAACAACAGCUCCAGCAGCAACAACAGCAGCAGCAGCAGCAACAACAACAGCAGCAACAGUCCCAGGGGGUCUUCCACCUGGUGAAGCCGAUGGACGAUCGCUUCUCGACCCUGUCGUCAUACGACCAGCACGGGUCGUCUUCGUCCGCUCACGCGGCCUUGUACGGGGGCGGCCCGGGUAGUGGCAGCCACCACAAAGCAAUACCGGAGAUCUUUCUGACGCGCCUGCUGGCCACGAAGGGCACGAUACAGAAGUUCGUCGACGAUCUGUUCGCGACGAUACUGACGGUGAACGAAGCGCUGCCGCCGGCCGUCAAGUGGCUGUACGAUCUGCUCGAUGCGGCCGCACGCCAUCACGGUAUCCACGACCCGGAGGUGAUACACGCGUGGAAGUCGAACAGCCUGCCGUUGCGCUUCUGGGUGAACUUCAUCAAGAACCCCGACUUCAUCUUCGACAUCUACAAGACGCCCUCGGUGGACGUGUGCCUGAGCGUGAUCGCGCAGACGUUCAUGGACGCGUGCUCCACGACCGAGUACCGGCUGGGGAAGGAUUCACCUUCGAACAAGUUGCUCUUUGCGAAGGACUUACCUCAGUACCGGGAGAUGGUUUCCAAUUUCUACGCCGACAUUGCCAUGAUGCCUCAGAUCAGCGAUCAGGAGAUGCGCAGCGCCAUGCAAAGGUUAUCCAUCCAUCAGCAGCAGUUUGAUACGCUCGCAGCACUGAAGGAACUUUAUAUUUAUGUUAGCAAGUAUCGUCCACAGAUAAAAGAAGUAUUAGAAAUGGACAUGACUGCAAGCAAGUUGCAUUUAUCCCAUAAGCUCGACCUCGUCGCAGCCACAUUAGAAGAUGAUGAGUGCAAAACGAUUGAUUAUUAUGAAUAACAACAAAUGCCGACCGGGACUAUGAGGACGAUGACGACGACGAGGACGAAACGGCAUUUUUUAAAGAAUGGCCAUAUUUUAAAAAAGACAGCAUACGACAAAACUGCGUGAAUUAUAGUGAAAGGAUAUAAAACAAAAAAACAAACAAAAAAAACCUUGAAUUAACAAGAAACAGAAACAACGUGCUCUUCCGUCUUCGAUUCGUACUUUUUCCGCGACGGGCCCGUUCGAAGCAACGCCGAGCGAUAAGAAGAGGUAUUACAGGUAGUUAUGCACCACCAUCCGAAAACGGUGCAUGUAAGGAAGCAUUUAAUAGUUUAAAUAGCAGUACUCUACUUAAUCUGCCGGCUCCGGUUCUGGACCCGACAGAUGUCUCAGCCUAGUGAAAGCAAAGCAGUGAGUGACGCGCGACCGUGUGAAACGAGGAUAGGAGGUGCAGAAAACACGGUGCACGGAUGGGACGUGUUAUGUCCAUUUAUUUAUAGUGUUCAACAAAAAGCAAGAAGCGGAAAACAAACGAAACGAAACAAAUUUAAAAAAAAAUGCGAUAUACUCACUCGCGCUCGAGUGCGCUGUCUAGCUCUCUCAUCGUCACUAUUCCUCCAAUCCCCCCGUCACGCCCCUCGAUCGUAUUCCCACAUGUGCACGAUGGAAGAAAGCAGCCGGGUAGGGUACGAUUGUAACAUUAGACAGACGGGGGUCCAUCUCGUUGUAAAAGGGCCCCCCAAGGCAUUUUAAAAAAAUGGAUAGAUUAUAAGUUUUUUCUCCAGCCACACUUAAUUAUCUCUGACCGGAGUUAUUUUUUAAACUGCAACAGAAUUAAGCAAAAGCGAAACGGAAAACGCAAUGGAAUAGAAUCUCCGACUAUAUAUACUCACGCCGAUCUGAAACCGGAACAAAACAAACCGAAGUGAAUCACGUCACUGGCGAAAGGGAUAAAGGCAAAAGAGAUAACAGAUUAUAGUCAGAAUUAGGAAGGAAGUUAAUAGGGUGAACUAAAAAAACAACAAAAAAACAGUGAUAAGGUAAAACAAUUCAACCAGAACAGAAGAAAAAGCAGACAGAGUAAAUUGAAUUAAACAGAAAAAAUACAUUAAAAACCACAUGGAAGAAAGACAAGAGAAAAUGUGACUGAUCGAAUUAAUAUACAAAUGAAAUGGAAACAAAAAAGAGAGCAGUAGCAGUUCACGACAACUAGGGAAGAGGAAAGUGGUGGUAUGCAGGAACAAAAAAACGGCGACACUCUGGGCGUGGAAGGUGUGGAAAGCGAACUAACGUACACAGUGUGUAAAUAAAUCAAUUCCGUCUGAUGAUGAAUAUGAAAGUGAUACAAAUACACAGUCUA